UCUAUGAAAGCAAAACAAAAAAUUAUUAAAGCAAUUGAUUGCUAGAGUAUCAGGGUGGUUGCUAGGGUACUUGCAGUGGUUGCUAUAGGGUACUCAUGCUAGUUAGGGUGUUGCUAUGCGGGUGGUUGGAUGGAUGGAUGGAUGGAUGGGUGGAUAGCAUUGCUUGAAUGUUUCAGAUCAAAAUGCUAGUUGAUGAUGGAAAAAUAAAAAGAAAAUACAUAUAUUUUGAUCAAAUAAAAAUGAAAUGGAAUGGUACAUUUUUGUUAAGUGAUCAAAAUGUUAUGUAAUGUUGCUAUUUUUAAAAUUAGAUGUUUGAUUUGUACAAUUAUUACAACCUUGAAAAGAAUAGCAGAAUGUUUGGGUGAAUUGUUCCUUUAAUACAGGUUGAAACAAUAAUAUAUAUUAAUGUUUGACAUAAUUAUAUUGUUAAAACAGACAAUUCCGGAGGAAAGCAUUAACGUCACGUAGAGCAACAAUGGAUCAACAGAAGUAACACAGGAACUGCUGAUGAACUCAUUAAGUCUGGUUACCUGUUCAAAGGCCAUUUUAUGUCAAGAGAGAUAGUUUUGCAAGCACCCACAAAAAUUUUCAGGAGCAGGGAAUAUGCUCAAUGUAAAUUGGCAAGGAGGCGGAGUAUGGAAAAAAAGUUUAAGUAUGAAGAGAUUGAUUGACCCAGGUCCUCUUGGCUAGUUGAGCUCCUGUUCACUGUCUCUUGAUGGAAGGAGCCUAAUACAACACAGAUCAGGACAGAAGCAGCUCCAAACACAGGGAACAGAUCUGUCAUAUCCCAAGUACUUGUAAGAUAGUCGAGAAAAAUAAAUAUAAAAACUUUGCAAUUUUGAUUUAGGUUCUAUAUUAUUAGUCAAUGCCAACUUAUUUCAGCAAAAAAUGUUAAUCUCUAUAGUUUUUCUCCUCGUCCUAAGUCCUGUGUCUUCUCUUCAAGGCACACAUAAUGAGAAAAAAAUUGACACUACCAAAUUAAUGGGCCACACUAUUAUCCAUAAUGUUCCAAAGCUAGUAACUACAUCAACCGCCAAAGCUAAUGCUGCUUCUUCAAAAAGUAGCGAUCAGACUCUUAUGUCCACCCCGAAGCCUGCUGUGGAUGGUCUCCAGAAACCUGUGCCUUCUCUUCAAGACACACUUGGGGAGAAGAAAAAUUCUUCUACUAAAUCAAGAGUGAACACUAUUAAUCUUAAUGUUCAUAAACCAGUAACCACAUUAUCAAACUCCAAAAUGAAAAACCAAACUCAUUCUGCUUCCUCAAAAACUAGUACCAUCAGUCAGACUGCCCCAUCCACUCCAAAGCCUGCUGUUGAUGGUGUCCAGAAACCUGGGCCUGCUCUCCCAGGAAAACUUAAUGAGAAGAAAAAUUAUACCGCCAAGUCAAGAGCCCACACAAGUGGUCUUAAUGUUCCAAAGCUAAUGACUACAGUAUUGAAGACUAAAAUGAAAAAACAGACUCAUCCUACUUCCUCAUUUACGAGCAGCAACAAUCAGACUCUUCCAUCCCCUACUAAGAUUGUUGUGGACGAAAGCUCACUUAGUGUGAAGAAAAAUUCCACUUUGAAGUCAACAGAUCUAACUAUUAAGGUUAAUGUGUCAAAGGCGGUGACUACAGUAUUAAACACCAAAACGAAAAACCAGACUCAAUCUACUCCCUCAAAAAUUAGCAACGUUGGUCAGCCUCAAGACAUUGCACAGAAACAUGUACCUGCUCUUCAGGAUCCACUUAGUGAGAAGAAAAAUUCUACUGUGAAGUCAACAGCCCGAACUAUUAAAGUUGCGACUACGUUAUUAAACACCAAUAUAUCCUCAACGUCUAGUAAAGUGAAUCAGACUCUCCCAUCCUUUAAAAAGCCUGAUGUGGACACCAUCCAGAAACCUGUGCAAAGUGUAAAGUCACCAGUCAACACUAUAAAACCUAAUGUUCAGAAACCAGUGACUACAUUAUUAAAGACCAAAACGAAAGACCAAACUAAAUCUACUUCCCCAACAACUAGUAGAGUGAAUCAGACUCUCUCAUCCACUUCCAAGCAUGAUGUGGUCACCGUCCAGAAACCUGUGCAAAGUGUACAAAACCCAAUUAGUGAGAAGAAAAAUGUCACUAUUAAGUCAAUCAUCAACACUAUUAAUCUUAAUGCUCAGAAACCAGUAACUUCAUUACUAAAGAACAAAAUAAAAAAACAAAUUCAAUCUACUUCUGCUAAAAACAGUAGCAUUGAUCCGACUCUUCCAGCUGUAGAUGUUGUUCAGAAACCUGUGUCUUCUCUUCCAGCUACAUUUGCCGAGAAGAAAAAUACUACAACCAAGUCAGUAAGCCACACUAUCAAUGUUAAUCCUUCAAAGCCAGUAUUCACAAAAAUUAAAAACCAAACUCUUUCUGCUUCCUCAAAACCUAGUAGCAACAAUGAAACUCUUUCAUCGACACCAAAGUCUGCUGUAGAUGUCCAGAAACCUGGCCCAUCUCUUCAAGGCACACUUAACAAGAAGAAAAAUAAGACCCAAACUAUUAGUCAUCAUUUUCCCAAGCUAACUACAUUAUUACAAAAUCAGACUAACUCUACUUCCUCAAAAAUCAAUAAGACCCAGUCACUGUCCCAAACUAUCAAUGUUAAUUCAUCAAAGUCAACAACUACAUCAUUAAACACCAAGACAAAAAAACAAACUCAUUCUUCCAAAAUUAGCAAGGUCAGUCAGACUGAUGCAUUCACUGCCACGCCUGUUGUAGACGGUGUCCAGAAUCCUACUAAAGACAAACCUGCAGAGAGUUCACCAGUUAAAGUAGUCAUCGCUGAGGGUUGCGUUCAACGGGAGUCUCACAUAGAUGCAGGGAACAUUACCAAAAUACGAGAAACAGAGCUAAGUUUGAAUCCAGGAUCUCCUCUGGUUAUGACUCAUCACAUCAACCUGGUACAAGGAGACUGCACAGGAGGAUGUGAGACGCAGAUGGCCGCACUGAAGGACAGAGUUGAGUUUCUAGAGAAAGAGAUGUCAGUGAUUAAAAAAAUGUGUGUCCAGUGCUCAGGAGAGCAGUGCCCUAAAAACUGUAGUGGCCAGGGCAAGUGUGAAGGCGGAAAGUGUGUAUGUUUCCAGGGCUUUAGUGGCCUUGACUGCAGUGGAAAAACAUGCCCCUCUAACUGCAACAAAAAAGGGACGUGUGUGAAGGGGAAGUGCAUGUGUCAGACUGGUUAUAAAGGCCUAGACUGCAGCAAAGGUGUUGACAAAAAGAUCCCAGUAACUGUUGAAACUGUGACUACUGUCAAGCCAGACACAAAAUCUGUGAAGACAAAGCCAGACAAGAACAUUUUUGUGAAAAAGAUAGAUACAAAGGACCAGAAGAAAGACACCAGAGCUAAGCCAACAUUGUCAUGUAAAGUUGGCUUGUCCAAUGGUACAAAAAGCGACAAGAAUAUUAAGACUAUUGGGCAAGUUCUGCAAAAGUAUGAAGGUAAAAGACGUCAGAUAUCCCAAACGGAUGAGAAAGAUAAUCUUAAAGAUGAACCUGUCCAUGAGAAUAUGACUGAGGUUGAUGAAACCUCCAAAGUUCUAGAGAAAGGCACCAAAGGAUCAUCUAAUGUAACUACAUCCUGGACAAAGUUUACUUCAAGAACUGCAGGUGAUCGAGGGCUGGAAAGCAACACUAAUGUUACUAGAAAAGACAAGAAGCUAUUGCAUGGCAAUGUAACAACAAUUCUCCAAGCAGAGAAGAAUCCUGAUAAGCAUGUAAAUGGGACAAAUAUUGAAUCCAAAACUCAUAUGAAGCAUUUUAACAGAACUAGCAGCAGAUUAUCAGUCAUUGGAUCAGUGGAGGUUCAUAAUAUCACUUCUACUGGGUUCAUUUUGUCUUGGGAAACUCCUAAAGACGCAUUCAAGAACUUCACUGUGACGAGAAGGGAAAUCAGUGCAGGAAAUGAAGAUUCAGAGAAAAUUCAGGAUGGAGCAGCAGCUGAAAAUCUAACAGAUGUCCAAAGGCCCGGUUCAAACAGAACUUCAACUAAAGUCCACAGUAACAAACUUGAAGGAAGGACUGUGAAAAAGUUCUCACAAGUUAUAGCUGGUACAGCACGGUCGUAUCAUUUCAAAGGCCUUCAACCUCAAAUGCGGUACUCUGUUUCCUUGUUUGGCUCUGGUCUUGGUCUACGGUCCAAAAUUCAUCGUCUUACAUUAUCAACUGGACCUGAGUCACCCACUGACCUGAUGUUCAGCAAUAUAACAGAGACUUCUGUUUCAGUCUCCUGGGGAAAACCUAAAAGCAUAGUAGCAGAAUUUAAAGUCACGUACACCAACAUUGUGACUGGCCAGAGUGGCUCCAUAUCGGUUGACUCUCAACUGUCCCAUGUUCUCCUGUCUAAGCUCUCUGCUGGCUCCACUUAUGAUAUUACUGUGAGCUCAGUCCUGGAGACACUUAAGAGCGAGCCAAUCACAGCCUCCGUCACUACAGUACCAGACCCUCCUACUGAACUAAAGGUGAUGAACAUCACAGACACUAAAGCUCUGCUAGUAUGGAAACCAUCCCAAGCUAAAGUGGACAGCUAUAUCCUCAGUUAUGGAACUAAAAAAUCUCCUAAUGUGACUAUUACAGUGACAUUAUCUGGCAGUACUGUGGAGCAUCAGCUCAGAGGACUCCAUAGAUCUUCUUUGUACAUGGUGAAAAUCACAAGUCAAGUCAACCGGCUCCAGAGUAUCCCGGUCUCUACAACCUUUACAACAGGAAGUGGAGUGAAGCUUCAGGUAGUGACUCCUGUGGUGACCUUUCACUCAGCUUUGAUUUCAUGGAGGGCUCCCCGUGUGGCUUUCAAAAGUUAUAGGCUCACAUACCAGCUGAACGAGGAAGUCCAGGAGCUCAUUUUAAAUCCAUCUGUGACGCACUAUGAGCUGACUGGACUGGCAGCCUCCUCAAACUAUACUGUGAAAAUAGAGGGAGAAAGAGAUGGACAAUACAUCAGUUUUGUCUCCACUGAGUUUACCACUGCUAUGCUCCCGCACCCAUACCCCAAAGACUGCUCAGACGUACAGAUCAACGGGAUGAAGGAGUCAGGAGAGGCUGAGAUCUACCUUGAAGGGAAGGAUGGAGAGCCAGUCUGGGUCUACUGUGACAUGGAGACUGAUGGAGGAGGCUGGACAGUGUUCCAGAGGAGAAGGGAUGGAUCUACUGAUUUCUUCAGGAGCUGGAGAGAUUACAGCAAAGGCUUUGGUCUCCUGAGUGGGGAAUUCUGGCUGGGAAAUGACAUCCUUCACACUCUCACCAGUCUUGCUCCAAUGAGCUUGCGAAUUGACCUGCGUUCAGGAAAUGACACAGCCUUUGCUCAUUAUGCCAACUUCAACGUUAACUCAGAGGCUAAUCACUAUGCAAUCGAGCUGUCUGGAUACUCUGGUACUGCUGGUGAUUCAAUGACAUAUCACAAUGGCCGUCCGUUCUCUACGAAAGACAAAGACCCAAACACCCUGAGUAUCCAUUGCGCUAAGGCCUACAUGGGAGGCUGGUGGUAUAAAAACUGUUACAAGGCAAACCUUAAUGGUCUCUAUGCCUCCUACUCAGACAACAAGGGUGUGGUGUGGAUAGACUGGAAGGGCAAGGAUGCGUCCCUCCCAUUUACUGAGAUGAAGCUUCGACCCUCCUAUUUCAGUCAAACGAUCCCAACAACCCAGGGUUAAAACUGCACAGUGAAGAGUGCACAUAGCGCAAAUACACUGUACAAACCUCUACACACUGCUACUUCAGUAUUGUAUAUUUACCAACAUACACACACAACAAAAACUGUAAAGAAAUCUGAUGGCAGCUUUGCAAAGAACAUAUCACAACCUCCAGCCAAUCACAACAACUUUUUUUAAGUUAAUAUGAAGUUUUUUUUAAAUGUUAUGUAGGAUUAUAGUAUGCAUGUGUUGAUGUACUUGUGUUAAUGGUGGUUCAUCGUUGAUAUUAACAUUUCCGCUACUGGAAUAACUGCACUGUCUUGCUCUAUUGGUACUAUUGGACUGGUUUAGAAUUCCUCUCUAUGAAUUUGUUUUACUUUUUAUGUUCAACAUAUUUAGACAAAAUCAAUAAAACAAAGUGCUAGAG